UUUCCGUCGCCGAACUCUGGAAUUCCAUCGGAAUAGCCCAGUUUUCCCUUGUAAUUUAAUAUUAACGCACAAGCUAGCUAGUUAUAAGAGAAAAGGUUUUCAGGAGCCGCCCAUUGCUCUAAAACGUCGUCCCUUUUACCUGUUUACCGAGGCGUAACGCUGCCUGGCUGCGAAUAGAAUUUAUUAACUCUAGUGUUCUUGAAAAAUAUAUCGUUGUAAGUGAAAAUGAGCACUACAGCAUUGCAGGAGUCUGCUGUUAAGGAGAGUUUGUUUCAAUUUAUUACUAAGAACGUCCCCUCGGCGGACUUAAACGUAAUUGACGAUAUAGUACUGUCUUAUGUGAUUUCUUUCGUGGAGGAAUCUUCGCAAGAUCCCUGCUUCGAUGUUGAAGGUUUCAUAGAGAUGAUGGCGGCGUACGUGCCGCAGUUCGCCAACAUUGAUGUGGAGCGCGUCUGCUCCUGGGUCGUGGACCUGGAGGCCCUGCUCACGAGCGAGGAGAGCGACCCCCCGUCUAGCCAUGAGGAGUCGUCGAGCAGCAGCGACAAGCUGACGAUGACUCUUCAAACCCUGAGCGAGAUGCUGCCCACGGCCGCCAAGCCCAGCCGCUCUCAUUCGAGUUCCGAGAGCUCCGAGGAGGCCGAGCGUCAACGGAGCCUGCUGGAGGCCGAGGACCUGCCCAUGCUCGCUGCCCAGUGCGCCGUGCUGCAUGAGAUGUUCCCGAACACCUGCGCUAUGGAGAUAAAGCACUGCGUGUCCAUCGCUUGCGGCGACGUGGAGCGCGCGGCGGCGACGCUGCUGCACCGCCGCGAGCAGGGGCAGGCGCUGUCCGCCGCCGCGCUGCACCAGGCCAGCAAGACUCCGCUCUGCGACGACUCCGAGCUCAAGAACCGUAUCAUUGCUCGCUAUUCGUACGUGGACAAGAACUCCCAGACGAAGGAACACAAGCCGCUCGCGCCCAAAAUGGAGCCGAAGAAGAUGGUUCGCUACCGCGACAACAAGAUCGUGUCACUCAAGGGCGAGCGGUACACUGAGGUACCAAGGUCCGGCGUCGACGAGGAAAACUUGAAAAAGCCCAAAAAACAGCAUUGCCCUUAACCAUUACAACCACGUCAGUACCGGGCCCGCCCUGCCCCCGGCCCCCGCGGCCCUAGCCUCCCCCUCAUGUAUCCACGUGCCAGUAGCGUUCAUUCCCUCCCCGUACUGAUUUUGGUUAUAAUGAUUUUAGUGCUUAAGUUUAUUAUUACGCUCUCUAAUAACAGUAUUAUUUCAUAUAGGUCUUUUAUUAGUGAGAGUUGCGAAUCGCGAUGGGGUCUGACGCGCGGUCGAUUAAGAUUUGUAAAUUGUUUUAGUGUAUAGUUUGUGUGUGCGGGUUGAGGUCGAAAUGUGGAUCAAUGAAGUCAAUUAUUGACCUUAUAUAAAGACUAAAAGACGAGACGUUCAAUGAAAUCUCGUAUCGUAAUUUGCAGAGCUUAUGAUGCACAUUUGCAUCAAAAUUGACAGAUUUUCACCUCUUGUCUGAGCCGGAGCUCGGAAUUUUCGCGGCAAAACACAAGACUGUCACUACUACUGUUAGAAUUUUUUUUAUCGAUAUCGAUAGUUGUGUCAUAGAAAAAAGGGUCCACCAAAUAAAAAUAAAAAAACAAUAAAAAAAUUACGUCAGAUAAAAUUAUAUAGAAACAGAUGCAAUUUCUUCGAAAUUCACGUCAGUACACAUAGCAGCACAUGACAUUAUAUUUGGUUUGUGACAGUGAUAAGAAAUCAUUAAUAUCUCAGCAUUGGGAGUAAACAGUUUCGUUUAUCACUCAAUUAUUUAGGUAUAAUAAUGAACGUUCAACUUCACCCGACGACAAGGCAACAAUAUGAAAUUAAUUGAAAUUAGUAUGAUAUUCAGGUUGAUGAUUUGAUUAUAAAAAAAUAUGUAUUGGUAUGAUUUUUUAUUAUAUAUAAAAAUACUAGAUAUCGAUAAAAAAAAAUGUAACACUAGCUAGGUUGCGACAGUCUCUUGUUUUGCCGCGGAAAUUCCGGGCUCUGGUCUGAGCUAACGUUAGGUUUCCGAAAUAUGAUAGAUAUAAAAGCGUAAAGAUGAAGACAAUUUUAAUUAAAUAAACUACUUACUGCUUAUAAAAUGUUUGACAUCUUAUACAAACGAAAUUUAUAUGGGACCAUCCAUUAUUCUUUAUUAUUCUUAUUCUCUUUGGCGGCCCAUGUAAAUUUUAUAAAAAAAAUCAACGUUUGACAAUUGACUGUAAUACUAUUGAGUUGAUACUUAAUAAACUGAUAAUAUUUGUAUAAGUGAGUAAUGUUUAAGACUCGACAAGGAAGUAGACUACAGGAUUAGUAGAGCGUGGCGAAAAUAUUGGUCUCUAAAAUCAAUUCUGAAGUGAUAUGUCGAUGGCCAUAAAGAAAAAGGUAUUUGAUACUGCUGUCCUACCUGCCUUAACUUGCGGUGUCCAAACCUGGAGCCCCAUUGAGAAACAUAUUCAUAAACUGAAAAUCUGUCAAAGAGCUAUGGAACAGUCAAUGUUAAAAAUUAAAAUUAAGGACAGAAUCAGAAACGAAGUCAUAAGAAAGAAAACUGGAGUAAAAGAUAUAAUAUACGCAAUAAAAAAGAGCAAAUGGGCCUGGGCUGGCCAUAUAUGUCGAACAACGGAUAACCGGUGGACUAAACGUGUCACAGAAUGGUCACCAAUAGGAAUAGCGAGAAAACAAAAAAGACCAAAUAAAAGAUGGAGAGACGAGCUAGUGACCUUCGACAGAUACUGGUGGAGAACAGCACAGGAUAGGAAGGAAUGGAAAAAACUGGGGGAGGCCUUUUCCGCACAAGCGACAUGCAAAUAAUAAACCAAUAAUAAUUGAAAUUUUAUGUAAUUGUAAAAAAAAAGCAUGAAAUAAAGGCUAUUACUAUUACUAUAUGAUAGUUUUGGUAUGUUCUAGAGCCUGAUUAUUAUUUUUACAUAGGUUUAUUGUAAAUGGAUUAGAAACAAUACCUAAUCAUUUAUAAAGUUAAUUUCUGGCUCAAAACUAUAACCCAUUUUUUCAACAGUGGACUCGAACGAUCCCAUUUCGAUAUUUACCCGCAUAUCAAACUAGUUUAAUAGAUAUUCAAUUGUUUUCUAUUUAAUGAAAUUUCUUGAAAAGAAAUGAACUUAGGCGCUUUAAGAGUUGGCCAAAAGUAUGCUAGUCUGAUUAUCGGCCGCCUGUAGGCGGCCUGUGAUGUUUUAGAUUCGUUUUAAGCUGAAUUCUGUUAUAUGCAAUGAGGAGCAAAUCUAGAGUUCAAUUUAAAAAGAAACCUUAAAAAAUCAGCGCAUGAUGACUCAAAGUAUACUCGGUAAAAGAUUCUGACGGAUUCUUUCUGAUCCUCACAAAAAAUUUAAUUGAGUGAAUUUGAAACCAUGAUUAAAAUUUCACUAAAUAUCGAGAUAGCACGUCAUUUUAUUAUAUUAAUGACUCGUUUCUUUAUCGUCGAUUAAGUUUCUUUAUACGUAUUUAAAUUGGCUAAAAACUAGUUUUUUUCAUCAUUGCAUAUAAACACCAGCGUGAUUUAUUUAUUUAUAUUAGAACUAUAUUGUUAUACGUGAUGCGUGUAUGCCUUUACUAAUAUUUAUUGUUUAUUUAUGUAGUUUUGUCAACUAUUUAUUUCAUGAAAUAACUAGACCUCAGUGAUUUAUUCUGUCAAAAUUAGGUACCAACUUUUCGGUUUCAUCUAAUUCUCAUAAUGACAUAAUAUUGUCUUCGGUUACCGCGAUAGUUACUCAUGAAAUAAAACUAUGAAAACGGAUUAUAUCGCGUAUAUUGAAUUUAUAAUACAUCCCGACGU